AUGAUUCUCCACCUGGGUUCCGUUCAUGCUUGUGAUAUCCGCCCCAGUGGGCUUUGUCUCUUUGUCUCCUUUACCCCAGGUUUCCGCGGAUCGGCCUACAUGCUUCGAGAUAUUUCCUUUGUACUCAUCUGCAGUAUUGCAUUCCGCAACGGUCUCUUUCACGGGGAGCAUGCGAUUACACUCCCGCCUCACACGUCCUUUCUUGUCGAACCAGACGAAUAUGCAAGCCUCGCUGGCCCAGAGUCAAUCCCGCCACUCAGUCUCCGCUAUAUAUACUUUCGCUUUAGCGUAUGCGAACACUCAUCAUCGCCCGCUAUCAUAAUGCCGCCCAGAAAAAUAACAACCAAAUCCUCAAGAAUCACCAAAUCGAAAACACAAACGAGACCGAGUCUCCCACGCGCCGCGAAGUCGAAAUCACCGUACCAGACUGUCGCUGUGCCAGAGAAAAUCGAGGAAGAAACUGAGGAUGAGGAUGGAAAUCUUCCGAUUCCCAGAAGUGGUAAUAACGAGAAGUCCAUCAAACCAAAAGAUAUCGAACACCCUUCCAUCUCCCUCCAACUCCAAUUCACUCAAGAGCCCCUUAAACUUCUCAUCACCAACACACCCACUCUAGACGUCAGUAGCAUCCCACGCACAAAAAGCCCCGUAGCCACCCGAAUCCUCCAGGAAGAAGAGAAUAUCACCGCAAAAGCCGACGCCGUCUGGGCUAUCCACCGCAACCACACACUUACUCACAGUCCCUGCUCCAGUCCCCUACGCCAGUGUUACUCCCCAUUCCCACCCUGUCGCCGCUCCUCUGGCUCAUCCGUAGAGCGCAUCCCUGGGCCACCACUCGCUGACCUGCGACUUAGUCCUACUUCUAAUCGUCGCCUGCUAACUUCGAAAGCGAAGUUUGUGGCGAGGUGGGAGGCUGAUGGUGUGGCUAAGGCUAAUAAUAUCAAACUUGAGGAGUACACUGUUCUGAAGAAUAGGCCGGGAGUCAAGGUUGGUGUGGAUGGUGAGGAGGAGGAUAAGGAUGUAGAGAGAUGGAGGCCGGAGAAGCCUGUUUUUGAGAGUUUCAUAGGCGAGGAAGAUAUAAAGAUUUGGAGAGAGGAUGAGGUUGCGCAGAGGCAGGGCGUGAGUUUGUUCGAUCGUAGGAGGCCAGUACAGACGGUUGGGAGCGGAAGAAAAGGGCCGAGGAAUGAUACGUCGAAGGAUUUCGAGAAGGAGAUACAGAGAUCGGAUUUCGGAAGAAGACCUCGUGGAAGGACUGAAAGUCGUGAUUCGAGUAAUAGUGGUGGGAGCCUGUUCUGUGGGCAGAGUCCUAAUACGCCCGGAGCACUCAAGGAAACACAAAGAGGUCCAGAAUAUGCAGGACGAAGCUCAGUAUCUGAAGCGGCCGAAACAGAAGUUACUGUUCAAACCCGAGAACAUGAUGUAGACUCACCGACCUUCGCCACAUACUUAUGCCUAGGGACUGAGGAAAGUGCAGUUCUAGAAUUCAAGACACAGCUCACUGAUUCAAAGUCUUUGUGCGACGAUGGAAUUCUGUGCUCAAGCUCCGCUCCAUCCCCUCCAGACUUAUCAGAGUGGACAUCCCACCUCUUCACGCGGGAAGAACUUGCCACCAUGAUCGACCUCUCCGUCAACAAUGUACAUAUCGAUUGUCCGCAUUGUGAUCUGAUCAUCAGACAAGGACUUCCGCUUUCCUUGCCAUUUUUGCUGAGGGAGAGAUGUGUUUGUACGUUUCCGCAAAUGAUGGCUAAGGAGUAUAGAGGCAAAGAAAAGGAAGGAGAGGGGAGAGGUGAGGUGGCAUUGAAGGAGGAGGUUGAGAGGGCUGUGAGGAAGAAGAUGGCGCUGAUUGGGGAGGUGGCUGAUAGGAGUAUGGAACAAGGAAAAUGUUGGUGA